UUUGUUUCUUUUCGCCGUAAUUGUUUUUGUUUGUUUGUUUGUUUGCAAUCGUAAUGUAAAUAAAUCUGAAAUCACGUUUGGUUUAGUGUUUGGCGUGCUCUCUACGGAAUUAAUGUUGAUUCUUGAGAAAUAAGUUAAUGUGGAUUAAAAGGUAACGUAUAUGAGAGGGUUUUAGGUUUCAUACGUUAGUUUUCUGCCAAAUCAGAGGAACAAAUCCAUCAACGUUUCAAAAACACUACUUGUAAAACGUAUGUUCUUUACAAUUUGAUUCUAUUUUAGGAGUAAAUAUUUGUCCUUUGUUCUUCAUUUUUUAUUUCUCUUUUAAAUCGGAUAUGCUUCUAUUUUCUUCCCGUGUUUCUAUAUUUGUCUCUUCUGUGUUCUGCCAUUGAUUUAGGCACUGGGAAUAUUAAUGCUUAUCUUUGUUUUUGUUGAUGAGCUAAUCAUUAACCUAAUAAGUCAUCAUUUGAAUUCGCUGAAAACAAAAUUUUAUUCUUCCCACAAAAUUCUUCUGAGGAAGUCUUUGAAGUCUUUAUAUUUAGACUGAUUCAUCUUCUUUUAUAUAUAAACAAUUAUAUAUAAGCCAAGAUGGAUCAGAUGUCACCUGAUAACAUCAAUGGACUCAUUUUAGCAGUCUCUUCAAGUAUUUUCAUUGGAUCUAGCUUCAUCAUCAAGAAGAAAGGUCUCAAGAAGGCCGGUGCAAGCGGUGUCCGAGCAGGUGAAGGAGGGCACGGUUACUUAUCUGAACCAUGGUGGUGGGCUGGAAUGAUAACAAUGAUUGUUGGGGAAGUAGCCAACUUUGCAGCCUAUGCAUUUGCACCAGCUAUUCUAGUAACACCUUUGGGAGCUCUAAGUAUUAUAUUCAGCGCAGUGCUCGCGCAUUUCAUUUUGAAAGAGAAACUGCAUAUAUUUGGAGUGCUUGGUUGUGUUCUUUGUGUUGUUGGGUCUGUAACGAUAGUCUUACACGCCCCUCACGAGCAGGAAAUAGAAUCUGUCAAGCAAGUUUGGAAGCUUGCUAUUGAACCAAGUUUUCUUGUGUAUGCUGCUGUGAUUUUGUUUGCGGUGCUUGUACUGAUCUUCUACUGUGAACCGCGCUAUGGGAAGACUCAUUUGAUAGUAUAUGUUGGAAUCUGUUCUUUAAUGGGUUCUCUUACUGUUAUGAGUGUUAAAGCUGUGGCCAUUGCCAUAAAGCUGACAUUCUCAGGGAUGAAUCAGUUCAAAUACUUCCACGCUUGGAUUUUCAUUCUAGUAGUCGCUAUUUGUUGCCUUUUGCAAAUCAAUUACUUGAACAAGGCAUUGGAUACAUUCAACACAGCGGUCAUUUCUCCGGUUUACUACGUCAUGUUCACAACUUUCACCAUUAUAGCUAGUAUGAUCAUGUUCAAGGAUUGGGCUUCUCAGAGUGGAUUAAAGAUCGCGACAGAACUGUGCGGGUUUGUAACCAUUUUGUCAGGGACGUUUCUGCUUCAUAAGACAAAAGAUAUGGGAAACAGUGCAAGUGGUCGUGGAUCUGUCACUCUGCCUAGUAACACUCCUGUUUUCACCAACUCAGGAUCUGGUCGGAGCUCCAGCUCGGAAAAAAUACCCUCCUGAGAGAUUUUUUUGAUCAUCCAACGGUUUGAUCUAACGGUCCAGAUUCUUCCCUGUACGUAAACACGAGCACCUGAAAAAGAAAUUAGCCUCAAAACACAAGGAUGUGAGUGUUGGUAUGGUGAUGAUUUUGUUAGGAAUGUUUGACUGGUUGCUUUUCUUAUUAUUUUGUUUCACACAUGGUGAUAAUGUAAUUUUACGACUAAAGAUAAUUAACAACAAAAAUAUUCAUACGGUCAA